AUGUCUGCAAACCUCAUCAGAUGCGCCUUACAGCCACACCUGUACAAGCCACACCUGUACAAGACACACCUGUACAAGCCACACCUGUACAUGACACACCUGCACAAGCCACACCUGUACAAGCCACACCUGUACAAGACACACCUGCACAAGCCACACCUGUACAAGCCACACCUGUACAAGCCACACCUGUACAAGACACACCUGCACAAGCCACACCUGUACAAGACACACCUGCACAAGCCACACCUGUACAAGACACACCUGUACAAGACACACCUGCACAAGCCACACCUGCACAAGCCACACCUGCACAAGACACAUCUGUACAAGACACACCUGUACAAGCCACACCUGUACAAGACACACCUGCACAAGCCACACCUGCACAAGCCACACCUGUACAAGACACAUCUGUACAAGCCACACCUGUACAAGACACACCUGUACAAGCCACACCUGUACAAGACACACCUGCACAAGCCACACCUGCACAAGCCACACCUGCACAAGACACAUCUGUACAAGACACACCUGUACAAGACACACCUGUACAAGACACACCUGCACAAGCCACACCUGCACAAGCCACACCUGUACAAGACACACCUGUACAAGCCACACCUGUACAAGACACACCUGCACAAGCCACACCUGCACAAGACACACUUGCACAAGACACAUCUGUACAAGCCACACCUGUACAAGACACACCUGUACAAGCCACACCUGUACAAGACACACCUGCACAAGCCACACCUGCACAAGACACACCUGCACAAGCCACACCUGCACAAGCCACACCUGUACAAGACACAUCUGUACAAGCCACACCUGUACAAGACACACCUGUACAAGCCACACCUGUACAAGACACACCUGCACAAGCCACACCUGCACAAGACACACCUGCACAAGCCACACCUGCACAAGCCACAUCUGCACAAGCCACACCUGCACAAGCCACACCUGCACAAGCCACACCUGUACAAGCCACACCUGUACAAGCCACACCUGCACAAGCCACACCUGUACAAGACACAUCUGUACAAGCCACACCUGUACAAGACACACCUGCACAAGACACACCUGCACAAGCCACACCUGCACAAGACACACCUGCACAAGCCACACCUGUACAAGCCACACCUGUACAAGCCACACCUGUACAAGACACACCUGCACAAGCCACACCUAAACCCGGAGUCCGAUCCAGACCUGGAGAGUCCUGGAAAACCUGGAGUCCGAUCCAGACCUGGAGAGUCGUGGAAAACCCAGAGUCCAAUCCAGACCUUGAGAGUCAUGGAAAACCUGGAGUUGGACCAGACCUGGAGAAUCCUGGAAAAGGUGGAGUCUGAUCCAGACCUGGAGAGUCCUGGAAAACCCGGAGUCUGA